AUGCGAUGCGAUGCGGUUCGAUCCAACGCAGUCCGAUGCGUGUUUCCGGCGCGUGGCGCGUCCACUAAUGGCGGCGAAAGCGCGCGCGUGCGAGAGAGUCCUUCGGCCAAUCACCGAAUUGCGUGCGCGCCUCCAGCCGGCCAGUCGAGGCGACCUCUGGGACGGAUGUCGGCACCAGGCGUCUGGCAGACAGCCCCGGCUCGGAGAGGAAGUUGCCGCGAAGCGGACUGCAACGGCCGCGAGGAAAUCUCUGGAGUUUGCCAGGGGCAUCGAGAGGGUGUGGUACCGAGAGGGGGGCCAGGAGGAGCUGGACUAGGCGGAACGAGGCGCGACGGGCUGAAGCGGGACGAUAUGGAGGAGUGCCGAGCGGAAUAUGGCGGAGUGCCGGACGGUUGGAGAAAAGGUGGAUCGGGGCUAGGUGAGAUGAAGACGGCAAGACGGGGCGAGGCGGACAAAGAUGAUGCGGGAAUUGCUGGGGAUCAAGCGGGCGGUAGAAGACUCGACGAUGGGCGGGCAAAGGGACAUUGGGGAUGGGGCGGGCCAGUUCGGGCCGCCAGGGCGCUGUCCCUGCGGACUCGGCGCGGAGGGCCCGGGCGUGGACCUCGCGGACUGGCAGCUCCACCUCCGCCCCGCCACACCUCCAGCCUGCCUACCCCGCCCUUACCCACCCGCGCCGAACCCACGCACGGCCCGCCACGGCCCGCACGGCCCGCCACGGCGCGCCAGGCCCGCCACGGCCCCGCCACGGACCGCCACGGCCUUCCGCACGGCCCCGCCACGGCCCGCCACGGCCCCGCCACGGCCCGCACGGCCCGCAGGCCCAGGCCACGGCCGCCACGGCCCCGCCACGCCCCGCACUGGCCCCGCCAGGCCCCCGCCACGGCCCGCCACGGCCCGCCGGGCCGGCCACGGCCCGCACGGCCUCCGCCACGGCGCCACGGCCGCCGCACGGCCCGCAGCGGCCCCGCACGGCCCGCCACGGCCGCACGGCCGCACGGCGCGCCAGACCGCCACGGCCCACCACGGAGCACGCCAACGGCCCCGCCACGUACCACGCACGACCGCCACGGACCAUGCCGCCAGACCCGCAGCGAACACGCCACUACCCGCACGGCCCGCACGGCGCCGCCACGGCCCGCACGGCCCGGCCAUCGGAAAGAGGAGAAGGGAGGUGGCGGUGGACGUUUUGUCAAAAAUUUAACCCUUGCCCAGGGGAAAAGUGUUCCACCAAAGGGACUGAGAAAGGCGACAGUCGCCGCCGCCGUUGGCUCCCUCAUGAGUCCCCCUUGGCAUCGACGCCUCGUCACCGCCGUAAGUACUGUUUACACUACUAUAGAGCGCUGCAAGGCGUGGCAUUUGCUCGCUCGAGCAUUUCAGCCUCUAACACAGUUUGCUCGAGCAUCCUGUGCUUGCUCGCAGUGGGCUGACUCAUGGACGCCGGCAAUGGCUAUAACGAGUUUCGCUUUUGGAACGUGA